CCAAGUCCUAGGCACCUACCUACUGCGAGAUGCAGAGGCACGCCGGCGAUGAGCUCACCAUCUCCGUCGACCCAGACACUCUCGACUGCCCCAUCUGCUUCCACACCCUCAGGCCUCCGGUGUUCCAGUGCGGGGCCGGGCACAUGGUCUGCCAGUCCUGCCGCGACAGGCUCCAGCCCAGCAGCAAGUGCCCCGCGUGCUCCGUCACCACCGGCUUCGGCCGCUGCUACGCCGUCAAGCGUAUCCUGCGCUCCGUCCGCGUCCCUUGCCCCAACACAGCGCGCGGCUGCGCUGUCCGGACGUCCCUCCAUGAGCGGGAGGAGCACGAGAAGUCGUGCGCGUCGAUCUUACAGACCAUGUUCCUCCUGCGCCACGGCCUGUCCACCGUCACCAUCAAUGACAAAGCAAAGGCCGGAGAGGUUGUCAGGAUGGGCCCUUGCGGCGGCGUCGGCGGCAACGACAGAAAGAUAGGCAUGGUGGGCGAUGUGAGACGCAUUGUCCAGGUCGCCGUCCGCCACUGCCGCGCCGUUGACGCCAUUCGCGUAACGUACAUGCGGAAAGACCGGGAGGAGACUGAGCUGUGGGGAGGGAAAGGCGGCAUGACUACGGUGUUCCGUCUGCAGCAGGACGAAUACCUGACGAGCGUGGAAGGCCACUACAGCCACUUCAAUGGCAACGUCGUCAUCAGGUCGCUCAAGUUCGCCAGCAACCUUCGCACCCACGGGCCGUACGGGAACGCGUGCGGCGUGUGGUUCUCGCUCCCAGCGGGCGCCGGCUGCAGGAUCAUCGGCUUCCAUGCGCGGUGUGACGACCAGUACCUCCACGCCAUUGGCACCUACGUCAAGAUGGAUGACCGUGCAUCGUGAUCGACCGCAAAUUCGUUUGUAUCGUGUAGCGACUGUUUUUGCAUUCAUUCAUCUAGCUAUUUCAUUUCACUUGCUGCCUCUCAAGUCUCAACUCCGUCGAUGAUCGAUGCUCUAGCCCCAGGACUGUUUAGCUAGGAGGAAAAAAUGUUAGGUUUAA